AUGGUUCUGUGCUCUACGCCACCGGCCCCGCUGGCCGUCGACGUGGCUGCAUGUCGCUUGCUGAUGCACAAAGUGGCUUCAUCAACUGCCACACGUGAGUAUAUGCGUGUAUUAGCUGUAACGACUUACGGACGCUGUGUGCUUGGACUCGCGGGAUUUCUGACAGUUGCGACUGAGCACAUCGCUGCGUUCGUCAAGUGCAUGUGCGAUGAUGUAAGAGAGGAUGACAUUAAGGUUGUGCGUGAGAUUCUGCUGCUGCUAGCUUUGACGGUUGUGGAUGAGGAUCAUGCGACGUAUAUUGCUCGCAUUGGAGCACAUCCGUUGUUAAUGCGUUUGAUGGAGCACGGCAACGAAGACAUCGAAGAGGCUGCAGCAAAGGUCGUUACAGCAUGUACGAGCAGCCCGUCUGCAGUAACAUUUCCGCAUCGCGUGCGUGAAAUCGAAGAAGUAGAGCUUUUGUGGCCUCUAGCAGCACUUUUGCCGCUCGAUCCUCGCGACGAUGUCCCCAAAAGUGCUGAUGAGAGUACAAGUACUCUCCAGGUACUAAUUCGUCAAGUGCCAACAAGAAUGACGGGCCAGAACAAAACUGGAUAUCGUUUAUGGGGCGCGGCCUUCAUUCUUGCACGCUGGAUUCACAAGCACCGCGAUAUGUUCGUGAACAAAAGUGUGCUUGAAGUGGGCAGUGGUCUUGGACUCGGAGGCAUUACCGCAGCUCGAUAUGCAAAUCACACGACUCUCACCGACUAUCAGUCAGAUACGUGCUCAGCACUUUCUUACAAUGUACGACUUAACAAAUCGUUCACACACGAGCUUGAUGCCUCAAAGCCAGAAGUCAAGGUAUCACUUCUUGACUGGGAUAGCACCGAUAGCAUCGAGGCUUUACCGAAAGCUGACGUUGUGAUUGCAAGCGAUAUUAUCUGCGAGCCAAGCACAGCUGAAGGAUUUUUGCACGUUGUGCGCCAUCACAUUCAGAAAAAUUCUGAUAGCGUGGCAUACCUCAUGAACGCCAACAGCCAUAGUCGUUUUGGGAUUACCCACUUGCAUGCACUCCUGGCUGCAAGUAUCGACCUUUCUUUCACCGUCACCCCAGUUCAUGAACUGUCUGACGGCGCGGACCUUCUUCAGACAGUCAGCGAUGCACAAGAGCUGUCUUACGAGUUCUACGAGAUCCGUGCUACCUCAUAG